GUGACGUCACAGACCAGCGCCGGAAGUUGGCUGCAACACAACGACGAACCGCAAUUCCGUUUGGAAGCGAGAGUGAGGAGUUUGUAGAAGGGACUAACAAUGGACACCCAGAAGGACGUCCAACCCCCAAAGCAGCAGCCAAUGAUAUAUAUCUGUGGAGAAUGUCACACAGAAAAUGAAAUAAAAUCCAGGGAUCCAAUCCGAUGCAGAGAAUGUGGAUACAGAAUAAUGUACAAGAAAAGGACUAAAAGAUUGGUGGUUUUUGAUGCUCGAUGAAACAUGGAAUUCAGGGAAAUAUCUUUGUUUGCAUUUGGAUUUGCUGUUAAUGUUGUAUAGAUUUGAGUAGUGUACUUAUCUUUAUGAAUACAACUAUGUUCAUAUGAUUUCAUUUUAAAAAUCAUAUUGUAUUUAGGUGUGUAUUAUUAGUUUAUAUAAGGAAAUUAUUUUUGUUCAGUUAGAUUAUUUGUAAUUUAAUUUUAUUGUAUAUGUCAUCUAAUACAAUGAAGGUUAAAAGUGCUUCCCCAACCACACUUUUAAUCAAAACCUGGAAUCACUGGGGCCCUUGUUAAAAAUAAAAUUUUGUAUUCUCA